AAGCGGUAUGAGGCACCGUAACCCUUUGAGUUGUAAACAUUCCGCCUGUAACGUGAACGCAGCACGAUCUCAAGCGUCCGCACGGUGCGUCUGACGUCACGUUCAGCGGCGUCUCCAGAAGAAAAGGCAACAAGAUGGGAUUGCUGUCCAUUCUUCGUAAGUUAAAAAGCACUCCAGACCAGGAGGUUCGCAUACUGCUGCUCGGUCUAGACAACGGGGGGAAGACCACGCUUCUCAAACAGCUGGCUUCAGAGGACAUAAGCCACAUCACCCCCACACAGGGAUUCAACAUUAAGAGCGUACAGUCUCAGGGGUUUAAGCUGAACGUUUGGGACAUUGGAGGCCAGCGGAAGAUCCGGCCGUACUGGAGAAACUACUUUGAAAACACUGAUGUGCUGAUUUACGUCAUUGACAGCGCUGACAGAAAGAGGUUUGAGGAAACGGGGCAGGAGCUGGCUGAGCUGUUGGACGAGGAGAAGCUGAGCGGUGUUCCGGUGCUGAUCUUCGCAAACAAGCAGGACCUGCUGACUGCAGCUCCAGCCUCAGAGAUCGCAGAGGGACUCAACCUGCACACCAUCCGCGAUCGGAUGUGGCAGAUCCAGUCUUGUUCUGCCCUCACCGGAGAGGGGAUUCAGGAGGGCAUGAAUUGGGUUUGCAAAAGUGUCAACUCCAAGAAAAAAUAGCAUCGCUUUCAGUCUUUUACGACUCAGGAGGAGCAGCAGUUUUCAAACACACACCGACACACACUACACCUCCUGAGCCUUAGUAUGGUGGGAUUUAGCUGUGAAUGUACACACACUACCAAUCUAACGUGGACCUUUUUAACCCCCCCAUCCCAUGCAUUACUACAUCGCAGAGGCAUAACAAUCUCAGCCUAUACAUCGUCUGGCCUCCAUGAAGACAGGAGGAGUUUGCCUUCAAAUGGGUCUCUCACCAGAUAAAAACCAGCAGCGCCUCCACGAUUCUUCAUGUCACCAUUCCACUAUUCCCAUUUAACUGCUGCUUGUCACAGAAACUCCCAGCAUAUCCUUUAUUCAGUUCUUCAUCAUAUCUCCAUCUCAUUGUUAUGUAUUCUUGUUUUUUCAAUCAUUCCUGCUACUGCACUGUUUGAGUAUAUUUUUGUAACUGUUUUAUUUAUGGUGAAGUAGAGGGCUUUCAAACAACUGCUCGUGUGACGUGUGAGAGAAUUUACUGGACCCUCCCCUCUAAAAAUAAUACGGUGUUAAUAUGUAUAAAAACAAAAGCGUAAGGAACAUUACAUUUAGGAUCAGUUGUAUAUAGCGCAGCCCUUUUCUGUCAUGUAUCGUUAUGCUCAUGUUAUAGAGUAUUCUGCAUCCUGCUGUAAAAGUGUAGUCUAUAAUGUUUGAACUUCUAACAUGCACUGGUAGAUCUGUAACAGAGAUAAAUGUACUGUACGGUCCGAUGCAUUUCCAUGUGCUCCUUGGGUUAGUGAGGGAAUUCACUGUUUAAGCAUUUUCCUUUUUGAUAUUCUCAAAUGUAAUCGGUCCAGUUUGCAAGAAAAUGUAUGUGAAUAAAUAUAAAAUUAGAGAGGUUUUGCUGAGCAAAGAGGCGACACAUUCACAUGAAAGUGUAAUAAAUCAGAAUAUCAUCUGGUUAAUUUGUUUCUGUAUGUCAAUUCAAAAUAUAUAGAUUUAUUACAUGAAGAAUGGUUUAUUCCUGUCCCUUAUGAUAAUUAUGAUUUACAGCUGAUGAAAACCCAAAAUUCAGUUUUUCAUAGAAUAUAACAUACAAAUAAAUAAUUUUUUUAAUACAGAAAUGUAACUUUUUGCAUAAAUUACCUCAUCAAUACAGCUUGGUAUGGAGAUAAUCAACCUGUGGAUCUGCUGAAGUGUUAAGGAAGCCCAAGUUGCUUUAUUGGUGACCUUGAGCUUGUCUGCAAUGUGGGCUUUUUCUUUACCUGAUCUAAACUUCAAAUAUUCUCCAUAGGCAGGUGAGAAUUAGCCAUUCAAUCACAGUGAUACCAUAGUCACUGAACCAGGUUUUGGUACUUUUGCCAGUGUAUGCAAGAGAUAAGUCUUGCUCGAAAAUGAAAUCAGCAUCUUCAUAAAACUUGUCAGCAGAGGGAAUUAUAAAGUGCUCUAAAAUUCCCUGGUUGGUGGUUGCGCUGAAUGUGGGCUUGAUAAAACGUAAUGGACCAAUGCCAGCAGAUGACAUGGCUCCCCAGAUGAUUACCAACUGUGGAAAUUUCACACUGGACCUGGAGCAGCUUGCAUGUUGUGCCUCUCCACUCUUCUUCCAGACUCCAGGAUCUUGAUUUUAAAAUGCAAAAUUUACUUUCAUUCUCCUUGUUCUCACUCUCUGCACUUUUCUCUGCCACAUUUUUCCCUCCACUAAACCUUCCAUUGAGGGGGUUGGAUACAGUCCUCUGUGAACAGGCAGCUUCUUCUGCAAUGACCUUUUGUGACUUGUAGAGGUCUGAAUGCUUCUCAGUGAUUGUGAUUGUGUAGUGCAAAAUAUUAUAUUUCUGUAUUAAAAUAAUGUUUUCUUUAUGUAAUCAAACUUUCUGAUUAACUGAAUGGGUUUAGUUGAAAUAAACAUCUGUGUGUAAUGAAUCUAUGUUAUAUGUACAUUAAGUUUCCCUGUUUUAAUUGAAUUAUUGAAAUAAAUUCAUCUAGAGAUUUAAAUU